AAUCCCAUUCUACGGCGCCUACCUCUCCCCAUUCAGUGUGUCGGGAGCUGGGGAACCUAACCCAGGGGUGGUGGAUCCUGGUGCUGUGCCUGAGAUUUUUCUAGGCAUCUGAAAGUUAGGGGUUGUGACUCUCAGCAGCACGACACCCUUUGUGGGGCCAGGCCCCCCUGCCUUGAAGAGAGGAAGGAUGGUCCAGUCGUUAGGACGUUAACCUGGGACCUGCAAAACCUGGCUUUGAUUUCCUGCUCCGCCACUGAUACCUGGGGGUCACUGACCUAGUGGAGAAGCAGGAGACGUGAUAUAUCUUGAUUUUAGUACGGCAUUUGACAUAGUCCCACGUGACAUUCUCACAAGCAAACUGCGGAAUGUGGUCUAGAUGAAAUUACUAUAAGGUGGAGACACAGCAGUCUCGGUGCUGAUUGUUCCGAAAAUGGCAGAAGAGAGCGCUGAAGUGGCAAGCGAUACCUGUGGAGGGGAGAAUGUCUCAAUGCGGCCGGGUCACACAGCAGUGGAAGAAAGGAGAAGAAAUGUGGGUUUCAGCCUAAAAUGCAUUAAAGAUAAACGGAUCCCAAUUACCGUUACUGUCGUCAUCACAGCGUUGAUCAUCACCGUGAUUGCACUGGCGGCCAAGACAACUCCCCCCUGCCUAGGCAGCCCGCCCCAUGUCACUGCUGCGUGCCCAGGCGGCUGGGUUGGAUACCAAGGGAAAUGCUACUACUUCUCAGAGACUGAAGGGAACUGGAGCGCCAGCCAGAGCCACUGCUCUUCCCUCAACGCCUCCCUGGCUUCCAUUGAUUCCCUGCCGGAGCUGGAUUUCAUGCUGCGCUAUAAAGGGAUCCCUUACUGCUGGAUUGGCCUCCAGAGGGAACAAGGCCAGGGCCAGCCCUGGAAGUGGACCAACGGUACCAUAUUCAACAACCUGUUUCAGGUCAGAGGGGAAGGGCAGUGCGCCUACCUGGAUGAACAUGGGGUCAGCAGCUCCAGGUGCUACUCAGAGAGACAUUUCAUCUGCAGCCAGCCGGACGAGUGCUCUAGAAGGAAGCCAAGUGGUGCAGCAGGGGACACAACGUCUAAGAUCACGUAAAGGGUCAAUGCAGCCUCUUCAGUGGAUGCAGAACUUACACAUUCAUCAUUUCUUGCAGAGCAUCCUAUCUCUCCAACCAUUGCUCCCUCCAGAUCCCUGGUACUACUGAACAGGGGUUUUAGAGGUUUAAAUCUAAUAUCCCCUUAAUACCUAAAGUGAAUAAGUUAUUUAGAUUAUGAAGAAUCCCUGCUUUUAUUUUAAAAAGAGUAUGUUUCUAGCUUGCUUGGUUAUGAAUAUACUCUGGCAAAUCAAAGAGAGCCUGAGUCUGCAGAGAGCUUGAAACAAUAACUCAGAAAAGUGCCCCAUUUAAUUUAUUGACACGUUGACUCUGGAACCUAGUGUCGACACUGACUUCUUUCUUUUUCCUCUACGCUGCUUUUCCUGGUGAGGGUCGCGGCAGCAGCAUGGAGAGUAGGGAGGACCAGACCUCCCUUUCCUCCAAAACAGGUUCCAGCUCCUCCUGGGGGAUUCCCAGGCCAGCCGUGGGAGAUAAUCCCUCCAGCGUGUUCUGGGUUGGCCUUGGUGCCUCCUCCCAGUGGUACAUGUUCAGUAGAGUUCCAAAGGAAGCCUUCCAGGGAGUAACCUUACCCUGUCUCAGAGAGUAAGCCCAGCCACCCUGUGGAGAAACCUCAUUUCCGCCGCUUGUACCCGCGAUCUCGUCCUUUCAGUCAUUACCCAAAGUUCAUGGCCAGAGGUGGGGAUGGGGACAUAGAUUAAACUGUAAACCAAGAGCUUCGUCUGAGAACUCAGCUCCCGCUUCACCACCACGGAUCGGCACAGCGGCCGCAUCACUGCGGCCGCCUCCCCAAUCCGCCGGUAGAUCUCCCGCUCCCAUUUACCAUCAACAAGUGGUGACUGGUUGACUGCUCUGCCCGUCUCUGCACCCGGUUGUCCAGAACAUAUGACCUUCCUCCGAGGAUCGUUACCUUGACGUGGUGGAGGGGCUUGCGUGUUCCGAUGAAUCCCAGGGCUAUGUCGUCUGGAGCUAGUGCUCCUGGGAGACGAACAGGUCUGGGGGGAGGUUCCAGACUAAAAACGAUCCUGCGCAAGAUGCUCAUGAAAGCCCAACAAAUGAGCACGUGAACCUCGCCUGGAUUAGGCACCCCUGAAGCCAGGCCUGGGGUGGUGUUAGGUGAGUGUCUGAUGGCCAGGCAACCCAUGUAACCCAGCCGGGCCUAGCCCGAAAAGGGGACGUGGGCUCAGCACCCGCGAGGCAAAGGGUGAGGGUUGGGUGCGAUGCCCGAAUGGCAGCAGGAGGGAUGGACCACGAUGGGCUGGCCUCCGCGAUGGAAACUGGCCUGACACUAAAAUGCAGGUACAGGCAGCUACUCGUUGAGCUAAAGAACCAGACUUGUGAACAGCAGCUACUACAGGGGGACAGAGACCCUGAGUGUGGGAUACAGACCCUUACAGUUGGGAAAAGGCCGAAGAGACUGAACCAAAGUCGGGGUAAGAAGUAGCCAAUGGAUCUUGGAAACAUCAUUUGAAGCUGGGACUGGACGACACGGGAUGGAUCACUUGAUAAUUGCCCUGUUCUGGUAAUUGCCUCUGAAGCAAUUGCCACCAGCGACUGUGGGAAGACAGGACACUGGGCUAGAUGGAGCAUUGGCCUGACCCCAUAUGGCUGCUCUGAUGAACUUUAUUUUUGUGCGUGUGUUUUUGAGUAGAUCUGAUCAGAAUUUGACAAACAUUUUUAACAGUGUUUUCUCCAGGAUUUUUUUGCCAUCCUUUAUUUAUUUAUUUAUUUUUAUUCUGACUGAAACUGUGAAUGGGAGAGACUUAGCAUCUCUCAUCACGUGCAUUUAAUUCAUUGCUCUGAGCUAAGAUUGUUUGGGUCGGGAGAGCUCCUGGAAGGGUUUAGUCACUUCCCCUGGGCUGUGUAAAUACCAGAGUAACCCAAAAUGACUCCCAGUUAGGAACCAAAAUUAGUGGCCAGGUUUUCAAUAGAUUCAUGUAGGUUAAGGCUAGAAGGGACCAUUAAAUGAUCUAGUCUGGCCUCCUGCCUAGCACGGGCCAGAGAACUUCCCCCACUUAUCCCUGUAUUGAGCCCAAUAACUUCUGUUUGGCUAAAGUCUAUCUUCCAGAAAGGCACCAGUCCGGCGUCCGGCUCACCAACGCCAUAUACAAUGAGCUGAGCUGUUCUGAAAAUCUGCCCUAAGGGUCAGAAGGGGAGCUGUCAUGGUGGUUGAGGGAAAUCUGAGGGUCCUUAACUUGGAGCAGAAACUAAAGCAAAAAACAAACAAAACACAAACAGAAAACUGAACCCGAGUCGUAGAUUCCAAGGCCAGAAGUGACCGCGGUGGUCAUGUCGUCUGACCUCCUGUACGAUACAGGCCAGAGACCUGCCGCCAAAUAAUUCCCGCUUAAGCCGGGCCUCCCAUUUUGGAUUACUCUGGUGUUUAAAAUAGACAAGUAAAUAAACCUUUGUUUUGGUGGGAGGAAAAAUCAACCAACCAACCCUACUUCCUCUCACUUUUAAAAACUCUUUUUCCCACAUGGGGAGGAAGGGAUGGGGAAAAUAUUUGUUUAAAGAGAGACAGUAGCGGGAGAGGGGCGGGUUCUUUCCAGAAUUUUUCAUAUCAAAAUCUUUUGUCCAAACAAAGAAAAAGAAAUGAAAUUCAACCCAAAUGAACACAUCGGGGAGUGGGAAAGGGGCCUAGACAUUUUCUUUUUGUAAAAAAGGUUAUUUUCUGUUUAAGAACAAUGUUUUGAUGGCAAGUUUUUGAUCUGGUCUGUUGAUUUGUAGAUAAAUGACAUGUUUUUCUUCCCUUCCCC